AUGGCGGCGACCGGCAGCGCGGAGGGCGCGAGCGGCAGCCCCGCGCUGUGGGCCGAGGUGUGGGCGCUGCUGCCCCGCGCCGAGGAGGGGCUGACCUUGGCGCUGAGCGGCGAGGUGGAGGACUGCGUCCUGCCGCUGCUGCGGCGGGCCCGCGCGCUGCUCUACGGCGCGGCGGGCCGGCCCGGGGCGGCAACGGCAGCGGCGCUGGAGCGCCUCAGCGACGUCCUGCGCGACUACUCCUGGGAGAAGCUGAACGCGGGGCCAUGGAGGGAGGUCGGCAAGGGCUGGCGCCAGGUCUACGCCUACGGCUGCCUCUUCGGGGCGCUGGCCGAGGUGGCCGCGGGCCGCCCGCUCGCGCGCGCCGUGCGGCUCUGCGACCUGGGGCUGCUCAUGGGCGCCUCCGUCCUGGACAACGUCCUGGCGCGCCUGGUGCGCGCGCUGCAGCCGCACCUGCCCCGCGCGGCGCCGCGCCACGGAGCCCGCGCCCAGGUAGCGCCCGCGCCCCCCUCGCCCCCUCGCGGCCCGGCCUUCCUUCCGGCUGCUGACCGGGAACGUCCGUUCCAGAGCGUCCGGCCGGAGCCGCCGCCGCCCUCCGCCGUGCAGCCGGAGGAGGCGAUUCCGCACCUUCGCUGUCCUUCGCUGGAGCACUUCAGAGACAACUACCUCGUUCCCCAGCGGCCCGUGGUCCUGGAGGGCGUCAUGGAUCACUGGCCGUGUAUGAAGAAGUGGAGCGUGGACUACUUCUGUCAAGUCGCAGGCUGCCGCACAGUCCCCGUGGAGUUGGGUGCUCGGUAUACAGACGAGGAAUGGUCUCAGCAGCUCAUGACUGUCAGUGACUUCAUCAGCCAGUAUAUCAUGGAUGAGAACAAUGUGGGAUACCUUGCCCAGCACCAGCUUUUUGAUCAGAUCCCAGAACUGAAAGAAGAUAUCAGUAUCCCUGACUACUGCUGCCUGGGGGAAGGGGAAGAAGAUGACAUCACCAUUAAUGCCUGGUUUGGUCCGGGAGGCACAAUCUCACCUCUUCAUCAGGAUCCCCAGCAAAAUUUUUUAGCCCAGGUAUUUGGAAGAAAGUAUAUCCGUCUCUAUUCACCACAAGAUUCAGAAAACCUGUACCCCCAUGAAAGCCAAAUUCUUCACAACACUAGUCAGGUUGAUGUGGAAGAUCCAGACUUGGUCAAGUUUCCAAAUUUCACAAAGGCUGCAUUUCAGUCCUGCAUUCUGAUGCCUGGACAGAUUCUGUUUAUUCCAGUUAAAUAUUGGCACUAUGUGCGAUCACUUGAACUCAGCUUCUCUGUUAGUUUCUGGUGGUCAUAGUUCUGACAUGUAGCCAGCAGCACUGAAAUUAAAUUAAAAAUCAGGCAAUUAGCGUCUCUCUCUCAGGAGAGGUUAGAGAUGGAGCAAAACCAAAAACCAACAAACUCUUGCUAAAGCACAGAGAAGUAGUCACAAUGGGUAAGUGGAAAGAUGAUGCUGUAGUUACUUCAUUUUUGUAGAUGUUUCUAAUAACUCCUAAAGAGCAUAUUGUUAAGUCAUUGUCCUGUGUAUGCAUCCAUCAGAAACAGCCUCUGUACAGGCACUGCCAGAGCUCUGCCUGAGCCUCUGUCUGAAUAACCAGGUCAGGGUUAUCUUCUACUUGGAUUUAGUAACACUAAACCCUGGAGUUAGCUAGAGAGAUGGUGCUACCUGAAGGUUCAAUCCAUUAAAAAAUUAACACCAAGCAAGGUAGUAGUCACUUGCAUGGAAAAAAUUAUUAAUGGCCUGGUUCUGGCCAGGAUAGGGUUCAUUUUUGCAGUAGCCAGGAGGGGCAUGGCCCAGACCCAGAGGUUAUUUUGUACCACCUCAGCCUGCCACUGCUGCAGGCCAGGGGCAGGAAGGGGCUCCUUGGUCUUUUAGUGAUUGAAUCUGUGUGAAUCUUUUUGUGUGAAUCUUUUGUCUCUCUUGUACACUGUUAUUGAUAUUGUUGCUAUUACUGCUCAUUUUCUUAUUCCAUUGCUGUUUCCAGUAAAUUGUUCUUAUUGCAAAUCA